AUGACUUCUCCAUUUGUUUUGGUGAAGAUUCUAAAACUAUAUCAAAAGGAAUAUUAUGAUGAAUAUGUUUUACCUUUAUUACGUAAGCCAAAAAUAACAUUUGAUAUCAAACUUGACGACUCGUUUUUGAUAACAGAUAUUAGACGCAAGGCUGAAAAUCAUCAGUAUAAAAACAGUUCUGAAGUAAUUGAGGAUUUAUCACGUGUAAUCCGUUUUGUAGAUUGUGGAAAUAAAUAUUUCAUUCAGAAAGAUUACAACAUACACGACAAAAUGAAUCAAAUAUCAUUUGUUCUUCAAUCAAACAUGAAAGAGUCACUUAAAAUGAUUAAAUUAUUUAAAGAAGAAGGUAAAACCAUAACAGCAUGGGAUGUACUACUAAAUCAAUUAUCCUCAUUAACCGUUAAGGGUGUUUGCUUUAAAUCUGAUUCCCCCGAUGUUUUCUCAACGUUUCAUGGUUAUAAAUACAACAUUCUUGAAAAGCCUGAUUACUCAAAAAUUGAGAUGUUUAUGAAUUUCAUUAAAGAAGCCAUUUGUGAUAAUAACGAUGAAGUGUAUAAAUACCUUCUCGGCUGGAUUGCAUCAAUGAUUCAACAUCCAGGAAUCAAGAAUGAAACAGCAAUUAUUUUGAAAGGACUUCAGGGAACAGGUAAAAACAGAUUUACAGACAUUAUUUCUGAACUCCUCGCUGGUUAUUCAUGUAAAAACAUUACUGAAAUAAGUGAGCUAACGGGUAAUUUCAACUCAGUAGUUGAAAAUAAAAUGUUUCUUGUACUUAAUGAACUCAAGAAUGUAGGUGAAGACAGACUCGCAAACUUCAACGCUUUGAAAUCAAUUAUUACGGAUAAUGAGAUAAGAAUUAAUGAAAAGAAUCAACCCAGAAGAACAGCACAGAACGUUGCAAACUUCAUUUUCGUAACUAACAACGUUUACCCUGUCAAAAUUGAAGUUGGAGACAGAAGAUACGUA